AUGGAAAUACCAAACUAUGAUAGUUGUGACAAUCCAGAUAAAAAAUAUAAACAAUUAUUUCCUUACAUGCCAUCAGACACAUUUCGGAUGUUAAUCUGUGGAAAUAGUGGAAGUGGUAAGACUAAUCUGUUGUACCAUAUGUUAAUCAAACCUCUACUGUACUAUGAUGAGAUUUAUCUUUACGCACGUAAUUUAGAACAGGAUAAGUAUCAAAAGCUAAUUCAAAAAAUGAGGGAGUUAAGUCAUAAACUGGGAUAUGAAAUACUUCAUGUUAGUAAUGAUGAGAUAACUCCAGUGUCAGAAAUGGAUUACGAAGACAACCAAAAACUUGUGAUAUUUGAUGACUACGUUUGCGAUAAAAACCAGAGACAACUGAUUGAUUAUUUCAUUCAAGGCCGUCAUAAGAAUUGUUCGGUGGUAUACCUCAGUCAAUCGUUUUAUAAAACACCAAAGGACAUUCGUUUGAAUUGUUCUCAUUACUGUUUAUAUGAAUUUCCAUCAUCGAGGGAGUCUAAUAGAAUAUCAUCUGAGUUAGGAGUUGACAAAGAGAUAUAUAGGGCAGCAACAAAAAAAACCCUUUUCAUUUCUAUACGUUGAUAAACCAAGAAAAAUUAUUGCUAAAAACUUUACAGAUUAUCUAAACAAUAAAUAAAAUGGAUCAAUCUGUAGUAACAAAGAAUUAUCUUUAUGAUCUUUGCGAUUACUUAAAGAUAGAUGGAACGGAUUGUAUGAAAGGAGAUAUUAAUCUUGGUGGCAAUAAGAUACAUAAUCUUAAAGAACCACUUUCAAACUUAGACGCAGUAAAUAAAGAAUAUGUUGAUAGACUCUUUAGUCGUCUUAAUGAUAGAAUAGAUGAAUUAUGUAAACAAUAAUUAAAAUGGGAAUAUUUAACGAACAAUCUUUAGAUCAUCCCUUUGCUAAGGGAAUACAAGGAGCACCAGGAGUUGGAUUUAAUCUCACUUCAAGUGGGGAUUAUGAUAUGAUAAAUAAAAAACUAAGAAAUGUUGGUGCACCUAGUGUUAAUUCUGAUGCUGCUACAAAAAAGUAUGUUGAUGAUAAUUCCACUGGUACACCCUCAACAUCACGACUAACAGUUGACUCAAACAUUGAUAUGAAGAAUAGAUACCGAAUUACAAAUCUUAUCACACCACAGGAUUCUAAAGAUCCAACAACAAAAUAUUACGUAGACAACACAUUUCUUGACAGAGAUGGAUCUUACCCAAUGAAAGGAAAUCUAAAUAUGAACAACAAUCGAAUAUUAAAUCUACCAGCUCCAAAUGGUGGUAAUCAACCAACACCAUUAGCUUUCACAGAUUUGAAGUAUCUCCACGUUGCUGGAACAAAUAAAAUGACUAAUAAUCUAAACAUGGAUAAUAAAAAAAUAAUUAACCUUAGACCACCAACAGACUCCACAGAUGGCGCAACCAAAAAGUAUGUGGAUGACUCAAUACCUAAUACUAGUUCUUUUAUAAAAAAGGAUGGAAGUGUAACAAUGACUGGUAACCUAAAUCUUGGAAACAAAAAAAUAGUUGGUCUCGCUACUCCAACAUCAAACACAGAUGCCGCAACAAAGAAAUAUGUUGAUGAUAAUAGUGGAAGUCCAGAUUUAAGUGAUUACUUGGAAAAAGAUGGUACCGUCGCUAUGACUGGAAUCUUAAAUCUUAACAACAAUAAAAUAGUUAACCUCAGUGACCCCACCACAGAUCAACAAGCUGCUAAUCGCGGAUGGGUUCGUAAACAAAUAGAAAGAUUUGAUCAUCAUUCUGGAGAUGGAACAAGUAGUGUAUUUACUAUAACAGAUCCAGCUGCGGCAACGACUUUAUAUUUACAAUAUAUCUCAGGUUCAUCAUUUGAUGAUUUUGUUUUUACAACAUCAGCACCUGGUCAACCUCUUGUAGGGUGGACACCAACUGCUAACACAUACAUUAACAAAAUAGAAUUUCAAUUUGGUUCGCGAAAUAUAAAUGUUGACUUUCUGUGGUUUAUUCCUAGAGAUGACACUCAUUCCAAUUCUAACUUUUGGGUAAGUGGAAAUCGCACUGGCACUUGGUCAUUAAAUAUUCACAAGUCUUGGAAUUAUAAUAUGUCAGGAGUAAAACUAAGAACCCAUAACAAUUCAAAUCACACUGCUAUCACUUGUCGGCUAUUCACUGAUCUACCAAAAGCAAUAACCAAACCACUUAAGAGAAUAGAAAUCAACACACCUAAAAUUGUAAUAAGUGGGGUUGUAAAAGCUGAUGUCAACCUUGGUGGUAAUAAAAUAGAGAAUCUGGGUGUACCAACCCAAGACAAUGAAGCAGUAAACAAAGGUUAUGUCGACAAUCUAGUUCAUAAUACUGCAGUUCAACCAAGUCAUUAUAAAGAUGAGUUUAGUUACCUCAUGUCAAGUGGAUCUCAAUGGACUGAUGAAAUAGAUGGAGGAGUUAGUUUUUUUAUAUAUAAGAUAGAUGAAUUAUCUCCUUCUAAAGGUAAUUUUCAUGACUAUAACCACAAAGUUAUUUACAUGACUAUAGUCAAAAAUUUUGAAGGUAAAUAUAAAUAUAAGAUGGGAAUUAAUUUUUACAGACUAACUGCAAAUACUGAUUACACGUUGUGUUUGGAAAUACUCAACACUGAUUAUAAUCUUUGGAAUAAUACUCAAAUAAGUGUUGACAAAGGAACUUCAACAGGAUUAUCAAUUGGAAAUUUAGGUGUAAAAAAACUAUCCCAUAAGUAUACUGAUUCAACAGGUAAAACACAAACUAUGUACUACCACAGAAUAAUAGUUAAUUUCCGGAAGUUGUCAUCUGGGAAUAAGUUCUUUCUUCACAUUUUGGUUGAUAUUCUUCAGGGUGGAUAUAACCUGGCUACGUAUCCGAGACAGUUUUCAGGGGUUUAUAUGAUAGCUUAUGGUAUUCAGGGUACAUUUAGCAAUAUCGAUCCAGAUAAAGUUUACGACUAUCACACCGCAUUUGAUAUCUACCCAGGAUAUAUGAUAUUCAAUGUUGCCCCCAUCAUAAAUAGUAAAAAAUUAGGACAUAUCAGUCUUGGCCAAAUAAGUGAUGAUAAUUUUGCAACAAUUAAAUCAGUAAAAGAGUUAAUUCCUUUAAUAGAAAAAAGAAAAAAAAAUUGUAUGAAAAAUAUUUUAAUGAGUUCUAUGACUUUGCUGAUGCGGAUAGUUAUGGAAUAAAUAUAGGCUCAUCUGGAGUUAUUAUUAAUUCUUUGAAACCUAAUAUUACACUUCCUCCUAAUAAAGACCUAAGUGAAAUAACAGAAAAAGGAUUACAUGUUAAUGGUUAUAAUAUUACUUUUUCUCCUUCACAUUCUUCGAAAUCUACUUUAUGUAUUGUUUUUAGUCAUUGGAGAAAUAGGAGUUUUACCCUAACUAAAUAUUUAUCAACAAACAAUAAUAUUUUAGUAAAAUUGGAUUAUAAUAAAUCAAACAAUAAAGUAACUUUAACUGUCGACAAAACAACUCAAAAUUUUACCAUGCUAAGUAGUUUUAACGGAAAAUUUAUUGUUUUAUGGCUAGCAGAAAAUCGUAGUGCAAAUGUCACAAAAGCUUCAAUAAGUAACUACAGCGCAACAUUAACUAUACCAGCUGUUAAUUACAAUGUUAAUCAACGUUGGAAGUUUACAACUGAAGAUGGAGUGUUAUUAAGAUUAAUGUACUCCACAAACUUUUACGACACUGACUCUGAGCAAUUUCACAAAGUAAUGCUUCAAGAAAAGUUAAGUGGAAGUUAUGUAGUAUAG